UUGAUUGGUACGUGCUUAACACGCAUUCGCUGAUUCGCCUCCUCUUGUCAUCACAGAUAAAUCCAACGAUCCAAGACACAGAGUAGUCCUUUAUGUUCCCAGGCGCUCCUCUCUCCCCUUCGUCCUCUUUCUCUCCGUGUUUCCAUAUUCCCAAACCCAAAAAGCUCCUGAUUUCCGGAUUAUUUAUUGCAUUAUAUUGGUAAUCUCAGAACAUUUCGUCGUGAAAAUUUUGAUCAGAAAUUGGGAGUGGGGGAUUAGAAUGGCUCAGGCAGUCGAGGAAUGGUAUAAGCAGAUGCCUGUCAUCACCCGCUCGUAUCUCACAGCCGUUAUUGUCACCACCGUCGGUUGCUCCCUCGACAUAAUAUCACCAUAUAAGCUGUACUUGAAUCCAGUGCUAGUGGUCAAGCAAUAUGAGUUCUGGCGUCUCAUCACCAAUUUCUUGUACUUCCGGAAGAUGGGUAACUCUUUUCAGCUUCAAUCUUUCAAUGUUUAUUCUCGACUUGGACUUUUUGUUUCAUAUGUUCUUUCUUGCUCGAUACUGCAAGCUCCUUGAAGAGAACUCAUUCAGGGGAAGGACAGCUGAUUUCUUUUACAUGCUGUUAUUUGGUGCCACUGUUUUAACUGGAAUUGUUCUUAUCGGGGGCACUAUACCUUAUUUGUCAGAGUCGUUUGCAAAAAUUAUAUUCCUUAGCAAUUCAUUGACAUUCAUGAUGGUCUAUGUGUGGAGCAAGCAAAAUCCUUUCAUACAUAUGAGUUUCUUGGGCCUUUUUACUUUCACAGCGGCUUAUCUACCAUGGGUUCUUUUGGGAUUCUCUGUUCUUGUUGGUGCUAGUGCAUGGGUGGAUCUACUGGGAAUGAUUGCUGGCCAUGCCUACUAUUUUCUUGAAGAUGUGUAUCCACGAAUGACAGAUCGCCGGCCUUUAAGAACUCCAUCAUUUAUUAAAGCUCUAUUUGCAGAUGAGUAUGUUGUUGUGGCACGGCCUGCAAAUGUGCAAUUUGCUCCACCACCUGCAGAUGAUGUCCUCCAAGGUUGAAUAUGAUUGCUAAGUUUAUGGUGGCUAGACCUCAGGUUACUGAUCUGGCAUUGGAAACGGCAAGCAUCAAUUAGAAGAUAGAUGGUGGCCUCUGUAAUAUAUUGAAGUAUACACUGACAUGCUAAUUGCUUUUUUGCAUUUGUUGAAUUUAAGGUUUAGCAAACAUACCAUAAAAGGUUUUAGCCAAAAUUACAGAAAAUUUUCUUGUUUCUGUUGCCUGUUUUGAUUUGUCAUGCUGUUUCCAUCUCUUUUUCUGGAAGUCUGGGCUUCAUUUCUGGUUAAUUUGUUCAAUAAAGACGGGAAAAGUAUUAAUUCGGCUUCUGGUUA